UACAUUUUGUCACACGGUAAAAGCGUUAGUUUUCUUUACAGACAUUACUUCAAAAGGGGUGUUUUCAUCACAAAUUCAAACUUCAGCGCAGCGGCGGCUUUUAUUCAGAAGUUUUGCACAACUUUGACACAACAGGACUUUGGCAAACGAAUCCUUUUACGUAACAUCCCAGGUACAGGAACGUGGUGGGGGGGGAACUGAUAGAUAUUCCAGGCAGGUAGCCCAGCUUUUAGGAGUUAGUGGGGCUCGCUUUUCCUUUGCACGUGAAUUAGGAGCCGGAGGAGGCGGCACGCGAGGCUUUUCUCAUUACAUUUCAGCUGGCGAGAACUCAGGCAGGACGCGUGCGCCCUGCGAAGGACGGCUUCCUUGAGGCGAGGAAGCACCCCCACGCCGAUUUCACCCCCAAAUCCCUACGCCGCGGGGUGGGUUUGAUGAGGAGGGAGUCGAUUUGGAGGGGGAAAAAAGGGGAGGAAGGAGGGUUUUCGGGAGCAAAAACAGCCCUGGGCUGGGAUUCUCCAGCAGCAGGAAGUUUCUAUGGGGCCUGGCGAGCAUGCGCCGUGAGCCCGGCGGUCUCCCUAUGUGGCAAGAGUGCAGAGGCAACAACCAAAGCAAUAAUCGAGACAGAGACCGAGAGCAACAAGCACCUUCCCCUCUGGAUCCCCGGCUGCUGCUGCCGCCUCCUCGCAGCCCUCCCCCUGGCUGCUCCGCUGCCCGGGGCCCUCCCACAGCCAUCGCACAGGAAUUGGAGAGUCUGGCAAGCAAACCUUCGCUGCUGCUGCUGCUGAAGGGAGAGGAGAGGAAAAGGAGAGGAGAGGAGAGGAGAGGAGGAGCAGCUGGCAAGGAAACGGCGGAGUGGCCGAGCCACCCUCAGCCUCGCCCAGCUCAGACUUCGGUUCAGCGUAGCGAUGUCUUCCCCUGAAAUCGCUUCCCUUUCUUGGGGUCAGAUGAAGGUGAAGGGCUGCUCCACGACCUACAAGGACUGCAAAGUAUGGCCGGGAGGAAGUCGGACCUGGGACUGGCGAGAAACGGGGACGAACCAUUCUCCGGGAGUGCAGCCGGCUGACCUUGAAGAAGUUGUCAAGAAGGGUGUGCAAACCGUCGUGAUCGGCCGUGGCAUGAGCGAGGCUCUGCAGGUUCCAUCAUCUACCGUGGACUAUCUUCAGAAGAACGGGAUUGAGGUGGUGGUCUUGCAAACAGAGAAGGCUGUGGAAGAAUACAACGCCCUGGCUGCUCGGGGUGUUAAGGUGGGGGGCGUCUUCCAUUCGACGUGCUGAAGCACCGCGGGCUCAGAGCCUGCCCUGACCUCUGCCAAGUCACGGGCAGGCCUCCCGGCUGCGUCAGGUUACAGCCAGCAGUGGGGAUUUACAUGCCAAAGCAUUAAUGUACGCUGGAAAUCUGGAGUGCAAGGAGAGUUUAUGAGCUCAGGAUUUAAACAAACUGAGUGCUCACAAAGGGGGGUUGUUACUGAAUUCAUUUAAUUACAGAACUGUUUGAAUACGUUCUGGAGAUUGACCUAAUCUUUUGAAGACUGACCGUAUUCUGGUCACUUUUCACCUUUGGGCUAAAUUAUUAAGUUGUGAAUACUUUUAUUAGGAAAUGGCCCAGGAUUACAUGAUUAGCUACUGCAACAUAGUCAUAAAAUACCUGAUGAGCACAAUCAAGUGGUGAUAGAGGAUCACUUUAUGAAUAAGAUAAAAUAAACAAAAAUAAAAGAGGUGACCCCAGUACAA